AUGGCGAACUGUACAGAUGAUGAACUAGCAAUGAGUGCUAUAAGUUUGUACGAUGAUAAUGAAGAAAAUAAGACGAAGAAACGGAAGUGGGUUAAAAAUAGCGAAAAUCAUCGCAACGAACAAUCAUCGGGAAAGGUCAACGAUGACAAUAGCGCCGCGUUGAACAGAUUCUUGGAGGACGUUCUGAACGCUCAGAACGAUUUCAAGUGGAUAGAUAAAACGGUGCGUAACGUUAAUAAUGGGAAGGACGCGGAAAAGUCACCAUCGGAAUCGUCACACUUGAAAGGAAUCCCCUCUUCGGUUAACGUUCAUCGUGACAGUAAAUUACGAGAGAAGAGAGGCUCCGAUCACAACUUCGAAACGAUGUGGAUGCCGAAUAGAAAGAUACACGAGCACCACACUUCUUCUGAACAUCCUCGUAGAGUGUUCUUAGACCGCGACAUGGCAUUCAAGAGGAACGCCGACUUGGAUGCCUCGGACAAGCCACACAACGGUGUGAACGAAAAAGAGUCUCCGUCUUCUCUAAGGUCCAAGGGAGCGAUGGACGAUCGAGUAUCGAAAGAUUGGUCCAGGACCGAGGACAUUUGUUCAUUGAGCGAUUGGUUGAAUUCGAACAAAGAGCCCGAGACCGAGGAGGAGAAGCUGGGAGAUCGAUGGAUCCGUGAUCACGAAACUGGUCAAGGAAAUCAACCUAGUAUGAGCUAUUGCUUUAAACAUCUUUCGAACUCUGGUAAAGAUGGCGACGUAAGAUACAGCGCGAGAAACCAACGGAACGAGGCGAAAAAGGAAGAAGCCCCGUCGCUGGAGACGCUCAAGGAAACGGUACUGGAAUUAAGGAAAAGUCUCGAUCAGCCUUUCGAGAAGGUCCACGACAAUUUGAAAAACGUGGAUUCGGAGAAAGUCAAGGGGGAAUCGAAGGAUCGAAGAACUCGCGAUAAGAACAAGCACAAAAAAAAAGAAAACGAGUACCAAGACUCCGAUUGGUGGGAGACUCCUGAACCGGAUGUCUUUGAUGCAAAAAGAAGUGAGCACAGUUCUGGGAAUCCCGAUGACAAGAACGCACAGCAGAAAAUGUGGAGAACGAAACGGACCGAAGUUAAUAACGACGACGUUAACCCGAGACUCUUUUACAGAGCGGGGUUUGGGGAGCCGUACCUUGAAGAGAAAACCUUGAAAGAGCUCCACGAUCGUAAAAGACGCAGCAAAGGGAGUCCGUCGGACGAGGAACGUUAUUCGAACGAGCCUCGAGAUGAAAACAACCCUCAGACCGAUGCGAAAAAUUCGAUAAAAAAUUCGAUAAAAAUCGCACGCGUAACAAGCUACGACGACGUUAAUGAUUCCAGUGGAAAACAGUCCGCGAUGAACUACUUUCGAGGGAAUCGGGCGUCGUAUGCGGGAACGGGGAAAAAUGACGAACAAUCGGAUCCAUCGCGAGGAAAUCUGAAUACGGUGGAGAACAAGUGGACGAGGCACGGAGCGAAAGGUGGAAACCUCGAGGGAGGCUCCUCGCGAACCUUUGGAUCCGCGACGAAUGAAUUGCAGCCUGUUUUCACGGGAACCUCCGGCAGCGGUCUGAGCGCAGAUGGGAGGGACGAGGUCGCCGCGGCUAGAACGCAGAAAACGGAAGAGCAACAAGAAAACACCGGCACCGGCAAGGGAGAGCAGGUGAUCAAAGUCUCGGAACCUCAAGGGCGUCUGUAUGAAGACAGUGAACGCACAAAGGAGGUCCAAAGGAUCGCGUCGAAUGAACGUGGAAAAUUGUCUCAGCAACUGUUGGAAGAGAAAAGGUCGGUCAAAGAAUCGGGAAAUAUUAAUAUUCUUCUCAAGUCGGAGAAGAAGAACUUGAUAAAGUUCAGCAACGAGAACACGCUGGGUGGCGAGCAACAGCCGUUCGUGUUGAACAGAUUCGACGUGAAAAAGAAACUGAUCGUGGAGAACGAGGAGGAGCCUGGGAAAUCGGUGUCGACGAUUUUGAAAAUGAAGAUCGAGAAGGCGCGAGUCGACGGGUCCGCGAAUACCGGUCGAAAGAGGGAAGAUGUCGAAAAGGAUGACGACGGUCGACACGGUAGCGACGCUUUCGAUCUUGGGAAGAGUAAACCAAACGAAGAAUCGUACAAAGAGUCGGUUGGAUUUAUGAAGGAACUGAAACAAAGGAACUCAGCCGAGGAACGGUUCAAGAGCUCCGCGGAGUUCGACAAAGGAUCGGCACAAAGCGGCAAAGGACCCCGAAACUGGUACGAAGGUGUACCGGGUGACCAGAUGGUCGUGAGCGUCGAGCAUGACGCAGCGGAGAGGUGCAAGGAAGAAGACGAAAGGGAUAAAUUUCGGAACGAGGAGGAACGGUUUCGCGACGACGCGAAGAAAGGGGAGUCCGUCGGUUCCAACGACGAGACAGCUUCGAAAGACUCCAGCUUCUCUGUACUGGAAGAUAAGGUCAAAGAUUACGAAGGGGGCAAUGGGAAGAAGUAUAAGGAAGUAUUUAUACUGGCCGAUGGUGCGGGUGAUCGGAAAAUUAAUGACAGAUACGCACAAAGAAAGAUACUACAAUACAUGGAGUAUUCGAACGACGACGUCGAGGAUGCUGAUUUGAAUUACAGUGACAAGGAAGCGGAGGAGGGGGAGAAUCAGGAGCGAGCCGAAACAGACGAAGAGAAUAGCGUGCCAGGGCAAAGGAAACAACGAUCCCCGCAGUCCGGUAGAAGGAAUCCCGUGAAGGCGAAACUAAACGUAAUGAUAAAAGAGAAGCUCGACAAGAAGAAGUCGGAACGCAGAUACAAGAGAAAGAGGCGCAAUCCGGUCGACAUUAUACAGUACUACGACUACGAUAGCGAUAACCAGGAACAAGACGAUGGCGCUUUAUCCGCCAUUAACGAUCAAGAACGUGUGAAAAAUAACAACGACAAGAACGGCGUUGAAUCGAACGUGGACCUCGGUAAUAAUGCGUGCGCUUCGCAAUCUUCGAAUAUUAAACACCAAAACCCCUAA